AUGGAGGACUUCCUGCUCUCCAAUGGGUACCAGCUGGGCAAGACCAUUGGGGAAGGGACCUACUCAAAAGUCAAAGAAGCAGUUUCCAAAAAACACCAAAGAAAAGUGGCAAUUAAAAUUAUAGACAAGAUGGGAGGGCCAGAAGAGUUUAUCCAGAGAUUCCUGCCUCGGGAGCUCCAGAUUGUCCGUACCCUGGACCACAAGAACAUCAUCCAAGUGUAUGAAAUGCUGGAGUCUGCCGACGGGAAAAUCUACCUGGUGAUGGAGCUGGCUGAAGGAGGGGAUGUCUUUGACUGUGUGCUAAAUGGGGGGCCACUGCCCGAGAGCCGGGCCAAGGCCCUCUUCCGUCAGAUGGUCGAGGCCAUCCGCUACUGCCAUGGCUGUGGCGUGGCCCACCGGGACCUCAAGUGUGAGAACGCCUUGUUGCAGGGCUUCAACCUGAAGCUGACAGACUUUGGCUUUGCCAAGGUUUUGCCCAAAUCACACCGGGAGCUGAGCCAGACCUUCUGCGGCAGCACCGCCUACGCCGCCCCGGAAGUGCUGCAGGGUAUUCCGCACGACAGCAAGAAGGGUGACAUCUGGAGCAUGGGCGUGGUCCUGUACGUCAUGCUCUGUGCCAGCCUACCUUUUGACGACACAGACAUCCCCAAGAUGCUGUGGCAGCAGCAGAAGGGGGUGUCCCUCCCCACUCAUCUGGGCAUCUCGGCCGAAUGCCAGGACUUGCUCAAGCGGCUCCUGGAACCAGACAUGAUUCUCCGGCCUUCAAUUGAAGACGUUAGUUGGCAUCCAUGGCUAGCAAGCACUUCAUAA